CAACAGAAAUAGAAAUCUCAUUUUCCUAAAACUCCAUAAAUGGAUGGGAGGGGAGGGUGCUGUAUUGCUAGGUACGCAGGAGGUGCGUACGAUAUGUCAAAAGUGGAUAGGAUAAUGCUUAAAUUCAGACCUAUCGCACCUAAACCAGCAGUAGCCGGUAGUUCUGUUUCCGGCACUACUACUCCACCACAAAAGACUGAGGUUCCGGUUCGUACUGGACGGUGGAAGAGAAGGUAUGUUAAGGAGAAUAAUAAAAAUAGUAAUAAUAGCAAGAGAUCUAAUAGCGGGAGUAGUCCUAGUGGUAGGAAAAGGAAAGCUCCGUCGCCUGAAGAAAAUGAAUCCAGUGGGAAAACGGUGUCUGGUGGAGAAACGGUAGUAACUCUUCCGUUGUUAUCGGAGAGCCCUGAAAGGAAGGAUCGUUCGGUUGACGUAGUGAAAAAAAAUGCUCCGAUCUGGUUGAGUUUUGGUGGUAACCAAGAGAAUAAUAAUGGUCAGUUGCAGGGGUGCGGAGGAGUGAUGUUUCCUCAGCCAGUACAAGUAGUGGGGUCAUGGGUAAAGGUGGAAAGCGUGACAGACGCGUGGGUGGAAGGGUAUGGGCUAGGACGUACGGAUGAGGAAAAACUGAUAAAUCUGGAGCGGGACAGCUGUCCAGGUUUUAUAUCAGACGGUUUAAACAGAGUAAGGUGGGCCAACAAGGCGUAUAAGGCGAUGGUGGGUGAAGGGGCAGGGGAAGUGGUGGUUUGGCUGGUGAUGAAAGAUGAUGUACGGCUGCCGGAUAACAAAUCCACGGCGGCGUUCACUUGCCGGGUUCGGGUUGUCAGAUGCGGGAAGGAGAAGAACUCAUUGAUUCUUCCGUGUGAUGUGUGGAGAAUGGACGGCGGAGGAUUUGCAUGGAGGUUGGAUACAGAAGCAGCUCUUUCCUUGGGGCGGUACGUAAUUAAAGUAAUAUCAACUCCACCUGAAGGGUAA